AUGGUCUUGAAGAAGUAUUUGAUCGGGGAGAUCCGGGAUCUGCCACAAGAAGAGGCUAAGACCUUCGGAUCUAUUGUCAUGAAUUACGAAGUGGAUCAGCUGGAUCUACUCUUCUAUUGCCCGACAUCUAAGGAAGCUGCCGCAGAUCGAGAUAAGCUGAUGCGACUAGUGACACCUGAGACCCUUCAACAGGACAUUCUGCACCACUAUCAUACGAGUCUACAGGGCGGUCACCAAGGGGUCGGCCGCACCUAUGAUCGGAUCCGUGAUCACUUCCACUGGAGAGGUCUGUUUAAGAGUGUACAACGAUACGUGGGGGGAUGUGUCGACUGUGAGACAAGGGAAGACCUCGGAUCCAGGGCGAGUCGCCUGGUAACCUUCAGGCAACGUACCCAUUUCAGAUCAUUGCCAUGGAUCAUAUACCCUCACUGCCUAGAUCCUUCAACGGCAACACUGAAUUGCUGA